AUGCGUCUCACGGGUGCUCUCACUCUGCUGUUGGCCGUUGCCACAGCCUCUCCUGUUGCAGUCGCCGACGUUGGGUCCAAGGACGUAAAGAAGAUCAACGGUCUCCCUGUUGUUAGCGUCGAGGCUCUACAGUCCAUCGAGGCUCGCGAUGCCCUCAUCGCCAAAGACGUUAUUGCUGCAGGCAAGGCCGAUGCUCCCGUGGAGAACUCUCUCCAAGCCAGAGUCUGGCCUGCCUCUCACCAGAGCGACCACUUCAGGGCCGGAAACAGUUGGGCCAACAGAGUCAAGACUCGCAUCAUCGUCAGCGGAGUUCACCUGGUAGUCACUGCUUGGUUCAACGACAUCCAUACUAUGUUUGUGCAAUUUGAGCCGGAUUUUCCCAGUGGUGCGUUCACACACUGUCGUGAUGGCUUUAACCAUCCAUGGCCUUACCGCACGUUAUAUAACCUCGGUUAUAUAAUUACUCAGGCCUACUUCGCUCGUACCCUCUAUAUUAAAACGAGCUUUAUACUCAUUUUUUAUUUUUAA